UCUUCAGACACGCCCUGUUGCUGCUUGGAUAGCGUCGAAGGAAACUACACAUUUUAGUUCAACAACGUUUUCAAGUCUAUCUUGUUGACGUUUUGGGGUUUUCUACGUUUAAUUAGGACUGGGGUAUUCGUUCUAAACCGAAAUGGGAGCGUGUAUGGCAUUGUGUUCAAUCGCCAGCUGUGCAUCAUGUCUGUGUGGCUCCGCUCCCUGUCUGCUGUCAGGAUGCUGUCCCUCCACCUACAACUCCACUGUGUCCCGGCUGGCCUUCUCCUUCCUGCUGCUGCUGGGGUCCCUGGUCUCUGUCAUCAUGAUCCUACCUGGCAUGGAGACUCAGCUCAAGAAGAUACCAGGGUUCUGUGUUGGUGGAACCUCCAUGACCAUACCAGGCAUUGAAAACAAGGUGAACUGUGAUGUCAUCGUGGGCUACAAGUCUGUGUACCGCAUGUGCUUUGCCAUGGCCUGCUUCUUCUUCCUGUUCUCCAUCAUCAUGAUCCGUGUUCGCAGCAGCAAGGACCCCCGAGCUUCACUACAGAACGGAUUCUGGUUCUUCAAGUUCCUUAUACUGGUGGGGAUAACUGUUGGAGCCUUCUUCAUUCCAGAUGGGACAUUCAACACAGUGUGGUUCUACUUUGGCGUAGUGGGUUCCUUCAUUUUCAUCAUCAUCCAACUGAUCCUGCUGGUGGAUUUUUCUCACACCUGGAACCAGUCCUGGUUGGAGAAUGCUGAGGAGGGAAACAGCAAGUGCUGGUUUGCAGCUCUCCUGUCGUUCACGGUGCUACACUAUGCCCUGGCCUUCUCUGCUGUGGUGUUGUUCUAUGUCUAUUACACCACGGGAGAUGACUGCACUGAACACAAGAUCUUCAUCAGCCUUAACUUAAUCUUUUGCAUCAUCAUCUCCAUCGUUGCCGUCCUGCCCAAAGUUCAGGAGGCCCAGCCUAGCUCAGGCCUGCUCCAGGCCUCCCUCAUUUCCCUCUACACCAUGUAUGUCACAUGGUCUGCCAUGACCAACAACCCCAACCGUAAGUGUAACCCCAGCCUGCUGAGUCUGGUCAACAACACCCCCAGCCCUACACCUGUCCCAGGACAAGAGGUCCAGUGGUGGGAUGCACAGGGCAUCAUAGGACUGGUCAUCUUCUUCUUCUGCACUCUGUACGCCAGCAUCCGUUCGUCCAACAACACCCAGGUGAACAGGCUGAUGCAGACAGAGGAGGACCAGGGUCUGGCUGCAGACGACCACGAGGCGGCCAUGGGGGAGGACGGGGUCAGACGGGCUGUGGACAAUGAGGAAGAUGCGGUCACCUACUCUUACUCCUUCUUCCACUUCAGCCUGUGCCUGGCCUCCCUAUACAUCAUGAUGACACUGACCAACUGGUACCAACCUGACGCAGACUACCAGGCCAUGCAGAGCAGUAUGCCAGCAGUGUGGGUGAAGAUUAGCUCUAGCUGGAUAGGCUUGGCUCUCUACCUCUGGACCUUGGUAGCUCCUCUCAUCCUCUCUAACCGAGACUUCAACUAAAGGCAUACACAUUCCAUCCAGGGCUGUCCCAAAUGGUACCUCUAUUCCUAAGUAGGAAUAGGGUAGGUGUCUUUUCAGAUUUGCUUUACUGUUUGGCAUGUUUUGAGUCACACUACUGGGUAAAAACAUUUUCAUUGUGCUGCUUGAAGAAGGGAAUCACUGUCGUUUU